UCCUUUUGGCUGCUGAUGGAGGAGGCACGGGAAGAUGCCGGGAUGCUGCUGCUGCUGCUGCCUCCGAGCCCAGACACUUGCCGGCAAAGCAAUGGGGCCGAGGCUUUCCCUGAGCUACCUUCCUCCUACCCUUGCUAGGGAAACGGUACAGGAGCGCCCGGCGUGAGCCGACCCCCCCCCCAACCCCCCAUCAAGCCGGUGGAGACUGCGGUUGUCAUUGAUCAAUUGAAGGAGCAGACGCCAAAACACAGACGUUAGCAAUGAUGUGUGAGGUCAUGCCCACGAUAAACGAGGACACCCCAAUGAGUCAAAGGGGGUCCCAGAGUAGUGGCUCGGACUCAGAUUCCCAUUUUGAGCAGCUGAUGGUGAAUAUGUUAGAUGAAAGGGAUCGGCUUCUAGAAACCCUUCGUGAGACACAGGAAAGCUUGUCACUUGCACAGCAGAGACUUCAGGACGUCAUCUAUGAUAGAGAUUCACUCCAGCGGCAGCUUAAUUCAGCCAUUCCACAGGAUAUCGAAUCCCUGGCUGGUUCUAAGGGGGCCGAUCCACCGGAAUUUGCUGCUCUGACAAAAGAAUUAAAUGCGUGCCGGGAACAAUUGCUAGAAAAAGAAGAAGAAAUUUCCGAGCUUAAGGCUGAGAGGAACAACACAAGAUUGUUACUGGAGCAUUUGGAGUGCCUUGUUUCAAGACAUGAGCGGUCACUAAGAAUGACGGUGGUGAAAAGACAAGCCCAGUCCCCAUCAGGAGUUUCCAGUGAAGUUGAGGUCCUCAAAGCCCUGAAAUCCCUGUUUGAGCACCACAAGGCACUGGAUGAAAAGGUAAGGGAGCGACUGAGGGUUUCUUUAGAAAGAGUCUCUGCACUGGAAGAAGAACUAACAGCUGCUAACCAGGAGAUCGUUGCCUUGCGGGAACAAAAUGCUCACAUUCAAAGGAAAAUGGCAUCUGGAGAAGGGUCCACAGAGUCAGAACACAUGGAGGGGAUGGAGCCUGGCCAGAAAAUCCAUGAAAAGCGUUUGUCCAAUGGCUCCAUAGAUUCAACAGAUGAUACCAGCCAAGUGAUGGAGCUACAAGAAUUACUUGAAAAGCAAAACUAUGAAAUGGUCCAAAUGAAAGAGCGUUUAGCAGCCCUUUCUUCCCGGGUGGGAGAAGUGGAGCAGGAAGCAGAGACUGCCAGAAAGGACCUCAUUAAAACAGAGGAAAUGAACACCAAAUAUCAAAGGGACAUUAGAGAGGCUAUGGCACAGAAAGAAGAUAUGGAAGAAAGAAUCACUACCCUUGAGAAGCGCUAUUUAAGUGCCCAGAGAGAAUCCACUUCCAUCCAUGACAUGAAUGAUAAACUAGAAAAUGAGCUGGCAAAUAAGGAAGCCAUCCUACGUCAGAUGGAAGAGAAGAACAGACAGUUACAGGAACGUCUUGAAUUGGCUGAGCAAAAGUUGCAGCAGACCAUGAGGAAAGCUGAGACCUUACCAGAAGUUGAGGCUGAGCUUGCUCAGAGAAUUGCGGCGUUAACAAAGGCUGAGGAGAGGCAUGGUAACAUUGAAGAAAGGAUGAGGCAUUUGGAAGGUCAGCUCGAAGAGAAGAACCAGGAACUUCAAAGAGCUAGACAAAGAGAAAAAAUGAAUGAGGAACACAACAAAAGGCUAUCAGACACUGUAGACCGACUUUUGACGGAAUCCAACGAACGUCUGCAGCUACACUUGAAAGAAAGGAUGGCAGCUCUGGAGGAGAAGAAUGUUUUAAUUCAAGAAUCUGAAAGUUUCAGAAAGAAUCUUGAAGAAUCUUUGCAUGAUAAGGAAAGAUUAGCAGAAGAAAUUGAGAAGCUGAGGUCAGAACUAGACCAAUUGAAAAUAAGAACUGGCUCUUUGAUUGAACCCACAAUAUCAAGGACACACUUGGAUACCUCAACAGAGCUUCGGUAUUCUGUAGGUUCACUUGUGGACAGCCAGUCUGACUAUAGGUCAACUAAGGUCAUAAGAAGACCCAGGAGAGGCCGUAUGGGAGUCCGAAGAGAUGAACCAAAGGUGAAAUCACUUGGGGACCACGAGUGGAACAGAACUCAGCAAAUUGGAGUGCUGAGUAGCCACCAUUUUGAAAGUGACACUGAAAUGUCUGACAUUGAUGAUGAUGACAGAGAAACUAUUUUUAGCUCAAUGGACCUUCUGUCCCCAAGUGGCCAUUCUGAUGCCCAGACUCUAGCCAUGAUGCUUCAGGAGCAAUUAGAUGCAAUCAAUAAAGAAAUCAGGUUAAUUCAGGAAGAGAAAGAGUCCACAGAACUACGUGCUGAAGAAAUCGAGAACAGAGUGGCCAGUGUGAGCCUAGAAGGUUUGAAUCUAGCUCGAGUCCAUCCAGGUACUUCAAUCACUGCCUCAGUAACUGCUUCAUCGCUAGCAAGUUCAUCUCCUCCUAGUGGCCACUCCACGCCUAAGCUUACUCCCCGAAGCCCAGCCAGGGAGAUGGAUCGAAUGGGAAUCAUGACUCUGCCAAGUGAUCUAAGGAAACAUCGGAGAAAGAUUGCCGUGGUUGAAGAAGAUGGUCGUGAAGAUAAAGCAACAAUAAAAUGUGAGACAUCUCCUCCCCCAACACCAAGAGCAAUCAGAAUGACACAUACCCUUCCUUCAUCCUAUCACAAUGAAGCCCGGAGCAGUUUAUCAGGGUCCUUGGACACAGACAGCAUCGGUCUUGGCAGUGCCAAUAGUAGCCAAGAUUCCCUCCACAAAGCCCCCAAAAAGAAAGGAAUCAAGUCUUCAAUAGGACGCUUAUUUGGUAAAAAAGAGAAAGCCCGGCUUGGACAACUCAGAGGCUUUAUGGAGACAGAAGCUGCAGCACAGGAGUCCCUAGGCUUAGGCAAACUUGGAACUCAAGCUGAGAAGGACCGGCGACUAAAGAAAAACACAUCUGGGCAUGAACUUUUGGAAGAAGCUCGAAGAAAGGGUUUGCCUUUUGCCCAGUGGGAUGGGCCCACAGUAGUUGCAUGGCUAGAGCUGUGGUUGGGAAUGCCUGCCUGGUACGUUGCAGCUUGUCGGGCCAAUGUCAAGAGUGGCGCUAUCAUGUCAGCUCUGUCAGACACAGAGAUCCAGAGAGAAAUAGGAAUCAGCAACCCUCUGCAUCGCCUGAAACUCCGAUUAGCAAUCCAGGAGAUGGUUUCCCUAACAAGCCCAUCCGCUCCCCCUACGUCUCGAACGCCCUCAGGCAAUGUUUGGGUGACCCAUGAAGAAAUGGAAAACCUUGCGGCUCCAGCCAAAACGAAAGAAUCUGAGGAAGGAAGCUGGGCCCAGUGUCCUGUUUUUCUGCAGACUCUGGCUUAUGGUGAUAUGAAUCAUGAGUGGAUUGGUAAUGAGUGGCUUCCCAGCUUGGGAUUACCUCAAUACAGAAGUUAUUUUAUGGAAUGUCUGGUAGAUGCAAGAAUGUUAGAUCACCUGACGAAAAAAGAUCUCCGGGUCCAUUUAAAAAUGGUGGAUAGCUUUCAUAGAACAAGUUUACAGUAUGGAAUUAUGUGCUUGAAGAGGCUGAAUUAUGACAGGAAAGAACUGGAAAGGAGACGGGAAGCAAGUCAACAUGAAAUUAAAGAUGUGUUGGUGUGGAGCAAUGACCGAGUGAUUCGCUGGAUACAAGCAAUUGGACUUCGAGAGUACGCAAACAACGUGCUUGAAAGUGGUGUGCAUGGAUCCCUUAUAGCCUUGGACGAGAACUUCGACUAUAGCAGCUUAGCUUUGUUAUUACAGAUUCCUACGCAGAAUACACAGGCAAGGCAAAUUCUUGAAAGAGAAUACAACAAUCUUUUGGCACUGGGAACUGAGCGGAGGCUGGAUGAAAGUGAUGACAAGAAUUUUAGGCGUGGGUCAUCAUGGAGAAGACAGUUUCCUCCCCGUGAAGUCCAUGGGAUCAGUAUGAUGCCUGGUUCCUCAGAGACAUUGCCAGCUGGGUUUAGGCUAACCACCACAUCUGGGCAGUCUCGGAAAAUGGCAACAGACGUUGCUUCUUCGAGGUUGCAGAGGUUAGACAGCUCCACUGUUCGCACAUACUCAUGUUGACACGCCUAUCAAAGGAGGCAGCACUGAACUGUUAUGUCAUCUUUUCAGUCUACUCUACCUGAAGUGCACUAUUACCUUAGAAGAGGAGCCGUGAAAACCACUAGGACACUUGAGCCCUAAGGGAAAAUGAUGACAAGUCAAGGUUUAUUAAGCUGAAAAUGUGAUUCUUUUCCCAUGCAUUGUUUCGUUAGCUCACUACAAUUGUAAGAGGAAAAAAAAAGCUUCAGUCAUUUUAAAACAAGCAUCCUUUACACCAGAUGUUUUACAAAAUGGAACCACUCAUUUUUACAUUGUUCCAUCCGUUUUACUGUAAUAUACUAGACAUUUAUGUAUUACUGUGUAUGUAUUUCUUUUAAAAUGUGUAAGUUUUAUGUAAAAAUUGAUAUAAAUAUGAUUUUAUAUAAAAAAAAUUCUAUGGUUCAUGGAGUCUGAGUGCAAGCACUUGACAAUUAUCCUGUUUGUAUCUUAUCAUUCCAUUUUUACAGUUUUGGGAUUGUAACAGUUGGAUGAAUAUGUUUAUUGGAGUUAGCUUCCACUCCUUCCUCCUUCAAAUCUGUCAAUACUUAAAGCUGGACACCUGCCUCUGAUCCCAUCCAAACUGAAUGAUUUAACCUGGAAAUGGAGCCAAAAUGGACCUUCAAAGGCAACCCGAAAUGCCCAGAACCUGUAGAAAAAGCACUGUGAUGGCUCUCUGUCCUUUUCAACACAAAACCAAGCAAACUGUUUACAAAAGCAAUGACUAAAAACCAAGUUUCUAAGGAACAUUAUCUUUUCUUGUUACCUGUGGACCAAGAAAGAACCUUUCUUUCCUAAUAACCACAUUUUCAUUCUAAGGUCUUCAGUCGCCAGCCAGCAUUAGACAAUGAUCUCCAAGCACUGCAAGGAGUCUGAGGCUCAAAUUUCCUACUUUAAAAACAAACAAACAAACAAAUAACACUGGAAUCCCCCCCCCACACUUUUUUUGUUUUUGUCUUUGGAACAGGGCGUUAGCCAGACCCAUGACUAAUGUUAUAAGCUUUUAGCCAAGAUGGCCUUGUUGAGACUUCCCUGAAGUCCAUUUUUAUCAGAGGAAAUUACUGAAAGACAGAAUAAAUAACAUAUAUAGUGUAUAAAAAUAUAGAAGAGCAACUCUUCCCUGUGGCUUUAUUUGGUGGUGUGACUGUUGUUUAUUCUUUGUUUACAUGGGAAAUUUCAAAGUACAACCUAUUUAAUAAUGCCAUUUACCUAAAUGCUAAUUUUCUGCUGCUUCACCUUAUUAAGCUCAAGACCUGUCUUUUAGUUAUUUCUUUUUGCAGUUUAAUUUGCAAUAUUUGCACGUACAUAACAUUUGUCUUCUGUUUGACAGAUUUCAGUAGACAGGUAAACGGUGAGAGAAUUUUCCCCAGUUGUCAAUAAAAAAUAAUUCUUCCA